AUGUGUGGGCUCACCAUUGGGAUUGUUCGCUUUGAGAACGCUCGGCAAAGGAAGAACCGACUGCCUCAGAACACGGACUUUUCAAGCCUUGAGCGCUGGUACAUCGACAGCACGACGUACUGGGUUGGUUGGAGAAGUUGGUCCGUCUCGCUUUAUACCAGAGCACCGAAUGCUAUGACGGCAAAGGAAAUGUCUAGUAUUGGGAAGGGCACGAUAGGCACGGACGGCUGUCAGAACAGAAUCCCGCAUCGACAAGAACAAAUGGAACGCAAAUCUUCAAGCAUCGAGUCUAUCUUUUUGAGCCCAUUUGAGAACGGCCUUCCCAUAUCCCACCAGCCCAAUGCUGACCCGGCCCGAUUUCUUGCAAGACCCUGCCGCAGAAAUCACAACCUUCCUCUGGCCAAAAACUUCACCGGCACGUCCACGUACCGUGCUCUCAAGAACUCGGCGCAGUUCUUGCCCAGGAAGUCCACGGUGCUCGUACUGGUGGCGCCUCGAUCCAGGAGGUUGCGGAACAAGAAAUGCACGCCUCUCAGAUUCGGCAACUCGAACCUCUCGAUCUCGAGUUUGGGCACUCUCGUCUCGUCGUACUCUUUGCCCAAGAGCUGUUUGAUGGUCGAGACGGAGAGUAGGUUCUUCAACCACACGUAUUCGUCCUCCCGCGCGACCCAGAAGCCGCAGUUGCAGUCCGACCCCUUAUCGCCAGAGCGGGCGUUCACAAUGGAUCCUAUAGGAGCCCGUUCAGUCGGGCCGAAUUUGGAGAGGUCGACCUGCAGUUGCGUCUCUGGCUGGCUGGGCUGCCUCUCCGCGAAGACUUGGGUCACGGUAGGUGGCGGGACAAGUGUUUCGCGGCCGUUGAAAUGA